AGUCUAUGGAAAGCAGUACGACAAAGGAAAGAAGGUGGAAUUCCAGCCGACUGAAGGUGCAUUGGUGUGGUACUUUGAGCACAGGCACAAGAUGGGCGGUCUACCUCCUCUCACUAGGAAAUGGAGAGGUCCUGCCAGGAUUACGAGACGACUAGGUCCGGUUGCUUUUGAGAUUGAAGACCUCGAAACAGAAGUCCAGUUAAAAGCCCACCUGAAUCACCUGAAGGCUUAUCAUCCACCGGCAGAACUGUCAUAUGGCACGAGUGACAGUGAUGGAGAAGAGGAUGAAGAUAGAGAUGAUCCGAACCCGACAAACCCAGAUGACCCUUGGGUUGCUGUGCUGACCUCUCUGGUGAUGGAGCCAGGGUUUGAUGCCGAUAGGCGUGACUGCCGAGACACGCGACCCUCAAGAAACCCGUACCCAGAUGAGCAGAUGAUGCAGCACUAACUCUUUUUUGUAUUGUUUGUAUUGUCUAUGAUUUAAUGUGCAAGACACGUUCAGCUGUCUGCACUAUGUUAGUCUAUUGAGGCAAGUAACGGGGCUCAGGCCAACCUUUCUUCUGUUUCAGGUUGUCUCCGCUUUCUGCUUCGACCCAUGGUUAUGGGAGGAUUGUGGAGGUUCUUCAAACCUCGCCUCAGAGAGACACAGCAGAAUCCAGAUGGGGUGUCCAGAUCUCCUUUUUAUUUUUAUUAGCGUUUUACCCCUGCUCACUUUUAGUUAA